AGGUGUGCAUCUCGUACCUCACGGAGGACGGGCUGCUGCAGUGCGCCUCCAUGCGCAGGUGGGACUUGCACGAGACGAAGCACUUCUGGUGCACGUGCGAGCGCUGCGGCGGAGAGAAGGACUUCAGCCGGGGCUUCCGCUGUCCCAAGUGUGAGGAGGGCGCUAUCUUCAGCCGCACCCCCGCGCCCGGGGCGGCCUCGAGCGCCGCGCUGCAGCCGGAGGAGCUCGUCAAUGAGUCCUGCUCGAGUUGCAAGUUCAAGGUCACCAAAAAGGAGGCCGAGAGGCUGACGAAGCUCGAGAGGACUUUGCGAGUCUCCAUCGACAAAUACGCGGAGCAGAAGAGAGCAGACGAGGCGGUGGCUCUGAAGUCGUUCAGAGCGACCGAGGAGAUCAUCGACGCAUCGUUUUUUCAGCACGCGCUGGCCGACCUCAUGUGGGAGAAGCUUGCGGACUACUACGCCCAGCACCAGCGGUCCAGCGACCACCGGCGGCUGCUGGAGCGCCGGUGCGCCUUCCACGAAGCGGCGUACCCAGGGCUCAGCGCGGCGCACGCGUGGUGCUUGGAGGGCUUCGCGGACGCGCUGAAGAAGGAGCCCUCCGCCACACAAGCACCGCCGGUUGUCACGGACGCGGUCGCCAGAGGCUCCUGGGCAAAGGCGGACCGCCUGAGGUGGCAGAAGGCCGCGAAGGCGGAGCCCGAGGAGGCCGCGAGGUUGUACACUCAGGCUCACGACAUACUCAGGCUGAUGUUCGGGGAGAGCCACGAGUAUGUCACAGGUGGAGCCCGGGGUGCAGGCGGUGCCGAAGAGCUUGCACAGGAGAAGGUACGACGUGGACGGGGCCGGGGGCGAAGACCCGGAAGGUGGUGGAGAAGGUGUAGCGCAAGGGCCGCCACGCCAAAGACCAAUGCACAGGCGACUCUGCUCUUCGUGCACGUCUUUUGUGCACUCAGACCGUGCAGCGGAACGCUUAGCUUUCCAACAUCUCCCUCCCAAUGAUGGCUAUAUGAGCUUGUUUUUUUAUUGCUCGGACCCGUAACGCCCGUUACGGGGGGGGGGUCCCCCCCCUCCCCCGUAACGGUAACGAGCGUACGGGGACUUGGGUGCGGACCCCCCUCCGUCCAGGCAGCCAUGCUGUGACGCUCACAUGUGUGCUCA